AUGGAAAAGAUGAAAAAUACUAGUGGCUGGCUUGGGUUUGGGACUGCGACUGAGUUGGAUUGGGACGGCGGUUGCAACGAUGAAGUUCUCACCGAUCACAGAGGGAUGGUGGAGGUUCGUAUGGCGGGAUGGCGCUGCUGCCGUAGCUUUCUUUCUCGGAGGCGUCGUAUCCUGGAACAUUUCGCGAAGAGAGAGAGGGUUGAGCGGUUGCCGCCGGCCGAGGAGGAAUCAACGUUUGUCAUUUUUGGAAGAGGGUUACGGUGA